CAUACGAAACAGCUGUGGUAUCAUCGGCAACGUGAUUGAAGAUCGAUCGUAUUGCAUUUCUGUGUUUCAUCGGCAGUUGAAGUUGGAUCUAUUUUUCGAUAACAAUCAUUCUCUUCGGUGGUAGCAGCAAACUCCAAAUCGCCGCUGGAGGGGAGGAAUAACGCUAACGAUUCUGCUAUAUGGUUCUGAAAAACUAGACCACCGAACUGUUCGCUAUCGGUUGAUCGUCCUUGGCUCAGUGAAAUAGUUUCAUCCAACCAUGCACCAGAUCAGCACACUUUGUAUAGCCGUUCUCGCAUUCAUCCUUGCACUACUAACGAAAGCCGCAGAAUGUACCCUCCAACCAAAGGCACCGAACUUCCAGUAUUUUGAAAGACCCAAAUACCGAUAUCCGUACUACGACGAGAAUGGCAAGGGCAAACUACUCUACGGUUACGGUGGUCCUGAACUGUACCAGUACAAAAGUUACUCACCACUGGAUGGAAUCCAUUAAGGAAUCCAAAGAAUCGUAAUUCGGAAAAAAAAUCGUUAGGGUAUCAUCAGAUAAGAUGUAAAUAGGAAUAGAUCAUUUUCUUUAACUAACAAUAAGAAAGGAACGUCAUCCAGACAAUCACCGGAGGCCGGAUCGAAGCAAUCUCCUAAGACUCAUAUUUCGAGUUAUAUCGAGUCGCUCAAACUAAUUUAACAUUGAUAAAAAUACGCUUUUCAUGGCAAAACCUGGUAU